GAAGCACCCUGUCCAUUGCUGUUACACAAUCCAAUUAGCUCGGAGUUGCACUGAUAACAACACUGGACCAGUUCAGAAAGGGGCUUUUUGUGACCACUUGUGCAUCUGUUAGUUGGCUGGCAAACCAUUUGGAUUAUCCUCAGCACAGGUUCUAAUAUAUAAAGGAUUAUACAAGGGAUCCACAAGGAAGCAAUACUGCUUUAAAAAGCUGGGAUGGUGUUGACUGCAUACUUGUUGGCACUUAUCUUCAUCUGGACAGGAACGGCUGCGAAAUUUGUUGUUCCACCAUGUGACCGGGACAUGUUUGAUAGCGGUGUUGACAAGUGCCUGUCGGACUUCAACAGGAGCAUGGAGACAAGUGGCUAUCAGGACAGGUGCCCAUGGCCUACUGGAAAACGCAUCUACAACCAACUCAAGAGUUGCGUGGAUAAUUCGGCAAAUGGGUCUCGGUGUCGGGGUCACGGAUUUCUGGUAGACACGGUCUUCUUGGAGGUUCAUGAGAUGUACUUUAAGCUGUGUGGACACGUGGACGACCCCCUGCUCACCACUCUGAUUAUGUUAAUAGCGCCCGUUAUCAUUGCCACCCUCUUCCUGCCAAUUCUCUGUGUUAAUCUCACCACCUGGAAGAUAGAGAUGCCCAGCACUAUGGGGCUCUGAUGUGCUGAGCUGACAUUAUUCAUAUUCUAUUAUUCUCA